AUGUCUACAGAUAUUGAACUGACUCUGCAAGAGAAGCGGAGAGGAGGCUACACCGCUGCCGCGGAGUGGUUGGCGCGCGAUGUCGAUAACGAGACUUUAGUGUUCCGGAAAUUUGACAAGCUGGCGGCCCUAAAUCUUUUAUACUUGCAGAGCGAGAUCUUAAACCUCGAGAAUAGGGUCGAAAGAAUGCACCAAGACGCUGUAACUAAUGGUAGCGAUCUAGAUCUUCAAGAGACGGCCAGGAGAUGGGAGACAUUCGUCAAACAGGCUACAGAGGGUGACCCCAGAUUUAGGCAGGACGCAAGGGUUAAGAUGCAGUUAGUACGGGACCUAAGGGCCAAGAUCAAGGAAUAUCAUGAGGCCUUGCUCUUGCAAAGUAAAAUCGCACAUCUCAGACAACCCCAGGAACGAGUCUUGGUUGCCUUGAGACACUACUUCCAGGUGCCAACACACAUUCUUUUUGGGAAAGCAAAGAAGUUCCUGGAUGACCAGGACGAUCUCGUGUCUUUGAAGUCACGAGCGGAGUUUGAUUUCCUGUCGGACUUUCUGAGACGACACCUAAUUGGAAAUAAAGAGUUGGCCAGUGACGGCAACUACUACAGCCGUUUUAACGAAUCCACGGUGAAUAUGAUAGUCACGCUCGUAACAAUAGCUGCCGCGGCGUCUUUCUUGCUCGGCCCCAUUCUCAGUCUCUAUUUUUUUGAGAAACGCAGCGGCAAAGCUCGCAAUGGUGCUACGGCAGCAUACGCUGCGGUGCUCGUGGUCUUUGUCAGUAAUGGUUCCUUAUCACCAACCUAA